AUGUGACGAGGCACGUGACCUUCAAUCAGAUGUUACCGGCCGACCGAACUGAAAAACCUCUCCGAUUUUUUGUCUUCAUCCAUUUGAUAUACAUGUAUUCAAUGGAAGGAUAGUAGUGGUGAGAAAUCAUGGGGUCAUCACCUAGUACUGCUUUAAAAGAAAAGACAGUGGUUGUGAUCGGUGGCAGCUAUGGUGGGAAGUCAGUGGCAUAUCCUCUCAGGGGUCAGUGUAAACUUAUUGUGAUUGAUCCACGUGAGGCCGUGCAUGUUACCAUAGCAUCACCAAGAGCAUGCGUUGAACCAGGCUUUGCAAAGAGAUGUCUUAUACCACUUCAAGAAGUCUUUGGUGAUAGUUUUGAGCAGGGCACUGUGGGUAAGAUAUCUCCGGAAGCAGGUCAUGUUGUUCUCUCUGACGGCAAGGAGAUUCCUUAUGAUUAUCUAGUGAUAGCUACAGGUACAUCUGGUCCAUUUCCAGGCAAACUUGAAAAUGACUGCACUAUCAAUCAAGCAUUGGAUCUGUAUGCAGAUGCAUGUACCAAGGUGAAAGCUGCCAAGACAGUGGUGAUCAUUGGAGGAGGAGCUGUAGGGGUGGAGAUUGCUGGAGAGAUAGCUACAGAUUACCCAGACAAGGAGGUUACUAUCAUUCAUGCUAGGGAUAGUUUGGUAGAACCUGCUACAAGCAAUACAUUCAGGGCCUCUGUACAGAAGCAGUUAGAAGAACUUAAUGUUAAAAUUAUCUUUGGUGAGAAGGUGACCAAUUUUGAUGAAAUUCCUAGAGACCUUUCUGGAGCUACUGUUCUAACUGAUAAAGGCAAGUCCAUCCAAGCUGACAUAGUAUUUGUAUGCAUUGGUUUGAGAGUCAACAGUCAAGCAUAUGCAGAAGAAUUUGGUUCCAAGAUGGAUGAAGGCGGUGCCCUCAAGGUCAACCAGUACCUUCAGGUUGAAGGUCAUGAAAAUAUAUUUGCUGUUGGUGACUGCUGCAAUGCUGAUAUUCAGAAGAUGGCAUACAGAGCGGGAGAGCAAGGGAAGGCUGUUUAUCACAACAUCCUACAACAUGCCAGUGGCUGUGCACUCAAACCAUACCAAUCACCAUCACCAAUGUUUGCUUUGUCUAUUGGAAGGCACAGAGGUCAGCUUCAGGUUGGUAGUAUGGUCCUAGGGUCAUGGCUUGUAAAGAGACUUAAAAGUCAUGAUCUGUUGACAGGACGGAUGUGGGGUGACUUUGGCUUAAAACCUCCCACAAACUAAGCAUUGGGAAAGCUACAGGACAGAUGGAAUGGAUCCUAGAUACCUGUAUUAAAGGGAAGGAGUUGAUGUUUGUUAUAAGCUUGAGUGUUGUACUGUAUUUGCAAAAUAUUUUCUGCUAAUAGUGCGUAUCAAAAAAACGUCUAUAAAAUUUUUUUUUCAAAUUAUGAUAUCUAUAUUUUGAUGUUAAUAGAUGCUCUGAAAUCUAAUCUUUGAAAUGCCAUUUAAAAAAAUGAAUUUUGUUCAUGCUUGAGCGAACACGGGACGUUUUUGUCGGGGGUUCAAAAAGAGGCUUGCGCCAAAAUGGCAGAAAUGAGAAAUUUGAUGAUCUGACUUCUUGCUAAUCAUCAGACUUCCUCUUAACCUUUUCAUUAUCUUUGCCAUGAUUUUCGAAUUAUGCUGUCAAACUUCAUUUACACAUUUAUUUACUUGAAAUAUUUUGUUUUUUCAUUGAAACUUCUUUAACCUUUGAAUUUUCCUUCAUAAGUAAGAAAAGAAUACUUUUUGUCAACCCAAUUUAGCAAGAAGAUUUGCAUUAUUAGUUGGGAGAACUUGUAAUUAUUCAAAUCGUAUUUUAUUAUGUGAAACAAAUUAUGUUAUGGUACCUUUGAAAACAUGAAUCCUAUUUUCAAGGAGUUAUUGAUUUCUUGACCAAGAAUAAUUAUGUGCUUGACAGGACAAACAGGAAAGGAAUCUCGUCUUUCAAUGUCAAUGGUUUAUUGGGUCAAUUUUGAAGGAGCUAGAUAUGGCAGAUCGGAUAAAAUGUAUUUAAAAAGUUGUGAGCAAGCAAAGUGAGCAAGCAAAAAUUUCCACUUUUGUAUUAAAAUAUCAAAUUUUGUGAUAGAUUUUGACAGAAUAUUCAGAAAAUAAAUCAUAUUUCACUUUCAAUCUUUCCUUUUAUUUCGUUUCCACUUGUUUUUAUUGGGGGAACACCCCGAGCCCCCGCCCAUCUGUAUGCCACUGUUCAAAGGCACCAUAACCUUUGUAGCACACAAUGAAAGGAUUUGAAAAAAAUGCACACUCUCCCAUACUUCGGUUACAAAUUUUUAGUUUUUGCUUAAAGAAGGAAUAUUUAAAGCUAAAAGAGAACAUAUUAAAAAGAAACAACAACAGACAAAUUCAAGCAAAUAAACAGAUUUGAAAAUGAAUUUUGACCGCAUAAUUCGAAAAUUAUGGCAAAGAUAAUGAUAAGGAUAAGAGGAAGUCUGCUGAUUAGCAAGAAGUCCGAUCAUCAUAUUUAUCAUUUUAUGCCAUUUUGGCGCAAGCCUCCUUUUUAACCCCAGACAAAAACAUUCCGUGUUCGCUCAAGCAUGAACAAAACUAAAUUUUUUUAAUGGCAUUUGAAAGAUAAGACUUCAGAGCAUCUAUGAACAUCAAAAUAUAGACAUAAUUUGCAACAAAAAUUUUAGAGACUUUUCAAAUCUGUCCCGUUUUUUUUUAUACGGACUGUGUAUAUAUAUACAUAUAUAACGCCUUGGGAAUAUGUUGAAUACUUUUAGAAAUAUUGUAUAGUUGCAGGAACGCCCUUAGCAGAGUAGUGUGCAAUACUUGAUGUAAUUUAUGCAAGUACUAGUUUGUAAUAGUAUGCUGCAUUUUGUAACUGUGUGUGAAUUGCCUAUUUUGAAAUGUUUACUGAUCAAGUUUCAUUUUGAAGUAUGUAUGUUUUGUAAUUUAUUUUUUUUCAGUGCUGUAUAGAGUAUAGUUUUGUUGAAAUUAUCUUUUAAAAAUAUGCUUUCAUUUGUAAUGGCGUGCAGUUUGUUAUACAUUUCUUGCCCGUAAUUUGAAAUUUUUCUUGAUUCAUGAAAAGCCAAACAUGUCAAAACACUGUAUAUUUCAUAUCUGUACUUCCAUGGGGAAAAAUAACUAAUGUACGUGUAGAUAUAUUAUCAGGCAAUUCUUAAUUGUUUGAGCAUAAAUUUUGCUGAUAAAUUUGAUAUCUACUGUAGAACAUUGGUGUCACCUUUCACUAUCCAUAGUUAAACUACAGUUUAGACCAUUAUUGAAGUUAAACCUGACUUCAGGCCUUGUGGAUUUAUGAAUAUCAUCAUCCGAUAUGUUAUACAGAUUGAAAGAAUGAAUUGAUUCAAUUGCAUUUGUGUUUUAUACUUUUUUCACUUUUCAUUUACUUUGGUAAUUGGUCAAUAAUAACUGACUAGCAUCACAGACUGAAGGGGCUUUGUACAUGUACAGUCAACCUAACAUAAGCCAAAUCUCUUGGAGAAUAAGCAAAUUACUUUGGCAUCAACAAAUUAACCCACAAGCUUCAGCAACCGGUUGGUUUGUACAAAUAACAUGUAGUUGGGGAGAAGAUAAUUUGGUAUUUACUGGGUUAAGUUUAUGUCUGUUAAUUUUAAACUAGGUGGUACUCCAAAGACGGAUCUUGUGUUAACCCUAAUUCUCCCGGGGGGGGGGGCCAUAAUGGCCCCCCCCCUUGACAAUUUUCGCGAUAUAUCUGCUGUGCAAAUUUUUUUGACCUCGCCGCUCACUGACUUUUUACUUUCAAGUCUUGCGCAAAUUUUGAGACCAAAUUUGUGACGCCCGGGUACACGGUUACGACAUUAUGCAACAUUAUGUAAGUGCAUGUCAGACCCAAAAUUGCUCAUAAACGUGAUUUCAUGUACAAAUCCAAUGCAAAUUGUGUAUUUAGCCAAAAUUCAUAAAUUUAUCAUUAUUUCUACUUUUACUGAUUAAACUGAAUUAAUUUUGCCUUGUUUAUGAUCAGAACUAAGUCUGGAAUGAUUUCCAUUG